AUUUUACGGAAAACAGACUGGAUACGUACAAAGCAUACCGUGUGGAUAUGUUCUGAGUAUUAUGCUGACCAUUUGUGUUCAACAUGAUACACUGGAGCUUGGUUUUUGCAUCUUCACUCGCUGUAGUUGCAGGAUAUGUAUUAGGAAAUUAUAUCAAUACAGAUUUGUUUCCAGAUGAAGGAAGCUCUGUCAUUUUGAAUUGUACCUUUAUAGUGGUCAACGAAGGAUCUUGGGUUGGUCCAAAUAGAUCUUCUACUUCUUCCUAAAAAGGCAAAAAUGACACAAUGCCAUAUACAGAUAGAUGUGAUUUGAAUCCUCAGUUGAAUGAAACAAACAUAAAAAUAAUUCGUAACGAUAUUACUAACCAAUGUUCAUUAGAAAUACAAAAUUUCUCCAGAAUUGACGAAGGUACAUACAUAUGCCAGAGUUUCAAGUUAAAAGUUCACUCUUUUAACGUUUUCAUAAAAAGACUACCAUCCAACUUGACAAUCGCCACUGACAAUGAGAAUCGAAAUUUGACAGUUGUGGAAGGUAAAAAUAUCAGUAUAUUGUGCCAGGUUCACGGUGGAAGGCCAAAAGAAAAACUUACAUUGAUUAUAAAUGACACGGUUAGAGGAAAUGGAUCAAAACAUACGUUUACUCCACAAAAGUCUGACAACAAUGCGUCGGUUAUAUGUGAAGCGUCUAGCUACAUAAUGGAGUUUCCUUUGGUGAAGAAAACUCGAUUAGAUGUUCAUUUUAAACCAUCUGGUGUUUGUAAACUAGAACCCAAACAUCUGAUAGAAGAAAGGAAUGCAAAAUUAUGUUGUGUAGUUGAAAGCAACCCACAGUCGAGUUUUACAUGGACUAUGGCUAGUGACGAAAUUCUACGACUUAAUAAGACAAACGAGAAUUGUCUUGUUUGGUCUCCUAUUAACCGGAAACAUGAUGGACGUUAUUAUUUCCUAGCUGAAAAUUAUUUAGGCUCUUUUAAUUCAACAAUAAAGAUCCAAGUUGUUUACCCUCCACAAGUAACAGUUGCAUACAAUUUAACAAAUGGGACUCUUAAUUUUGAGUGCAGUCCAUCAGGAGUACCAAACAAUUUCACGUUUACUCAGUUGGAGCAUAGAUCCGAGUUUGAUGAACAUAUACGAUUUUUGAAUUCUCCAAACGAUUAUUCUGUUCUUCGUAUAUCAAUCGGAAAUGCUGGAUUACAGGACAUUGGAAUCUAUAUUUGUAAAGUUUCAAAUGGUGUACCUGAUCAGAAAGGAAGAAAAUUUCAAUCGGGAAAAACCGUGGUUUUUGAAUUAGAAGGUAAACUAAUUGAAUUACACAUUGAUUGA